AUGCUCUUUUCAUCAUGUGGAUUCACUAGAGAAAUGACCACCUUUGAUCAGCCCAGUAAAAUCAAAAACUUGUUUAUUUGCUGCCUGUGCCCCCCACGGGUGCUGAGACUUUGGACUUGCAGGCGCCCAAGGACAAGGAGGAAUCUGCUUGUGGGCACCGCAUGUGUGAUCUACCUGGGAUUCCUCGUCAGUCAAGUGGGUCAUGUUUUACCCCAGCACAGAGGAUACCAAAAGAUCAGUUCCAGAAGUCUCCAAGAUGCAGCCCAAACUCCUUUUCUGGGCAUCCCACUGGAUGGCACCCUGUCACCACCCAAUUUCCAGGAACCCCACCUUGGUAGCAAUGGGACCUUGCUGCCACCCAAUGUAGUUUAUAUCACCCUGCGGUCCAAGCGCAGCAAGCCUGCCAAUAUCAGAGGCACAGUGAAGCCAAAGCGCAGGAAGAAACAUGCAACCGCUUUGUCCUAUGGGAAACACUUUCCAAAAGCCGCUUUUAUGGGCCGGGAAGAGGCCUUUGCCCAACAGCUGGGGAGGGCCACACGUGCUGCGGGCACAAUGAGAACAGCAAUAGUUCUGGAGGCGAGAAAGCACCAAAUGGAUGAUCACAGGCAUAAAAGAAUGGCGAUCAGGGAGAGGGGCCACCGGAGACCUGGGGGCAUUUCUGGAGCUAUAAAGGCACAGCCCCAGCCUGAGGAAAGCAAUAUCAGGAUUUACAGCGAGAGCUCUCCCUCUUGGCUGAGCAAAGAAGACAUCCUAAACAUGCGCAUGCUGGCAGAUUCUCAGAUAGAGAGCAUCCAAGAAAUACCUUCUCACAAAGCAGUCCUGGUAGUUUUUGCAGGGGGUCCCAGCGCCACAGGAACUGCUUGUGACCAGGGACACUGUGGCAUCGUCAAAAGACCUCUCGACAUGAGUGAGGUGUUUGCCUUUCAUUUGGAUAGGAUCUUGGGGCUGAACAGGAGCUUACCUUCUGUAAGCAGGAGAUCCGAGUUCUUCCAAGAUGGUCAAGCCUGUCCUGUUAUUCUCUGGGAUUCCUCACUGAGUCCAACAGAUAAUAAUACCCAUUCUUCAGUCAGAUUAACCUGGGGGCGAUAUCAGCAACUAUUGAAGCAGAAAUGCUGGCAGAAUGGUAAAGUUCCCAAAGCUGAGUGGGGCUGUACCGAAAUCCAUCAUCAUGAGUGGUCCAAGAUGGCACUCUUUGAUUUUCUUCUGCAGAUCUAUAAUCGACUAGACAGAAACUGCUGUGGAUUCAAACCUCUCAAGGAGGAUUCCUGCGUACAGCAAGGACUGAAGCUGAAAUGUAGUGAUCAGGAUGCUGUUGACCUGACACACAUAGUUCAGAGAAGGCAUGACCGAAGGCACUUGGCCUUUAUAGACAAUAAGGGUUUCUUUGACAGAAACGAGGACAAUCUUGACUUCAAAAUACUACAAGGAAUCAAUGAAUUCCCUGAAUCUGCAGUUUCAGUGCUGAGGAGCCAGCGUUUACGUGAGAAGUUGCUUCAGUCUUUGUUCCUUGACAAAAUAUACUGGGAGAGCCAAGGAGGCAGAAAAGGAAUUGAAAAGCUUAUUGAUGUAAUAGAAAGGAGGUCCAAAAUUCUUCUGACUUAUAUAAAUGCACAUGGAGCCAAAGUAUUGCCCAUGAAUGAAUGAAGCAGCCUUGUUUCUAUCUGAGACAUAGUCUUUAAAAAAAUUUGUAUGAGGCAAAAACUGACAGUAAAAUUGAUUUAAUUCAGAGGCUUAUUUAAUUUUUAUUUUUUCCAAACUUUCAUUUAUUUUUAAAUAAGAAAUCUUACAUGG